CAUAAAAAGUUUUCUCUAUGGUUGCAAUUUUGUGGAAGACGCGAAACACUUUUUUGUUUUCGUUAAACUAUUAUUUGUACAUUGUGAGUUAAUCAGCGAAUGUUAAUAUUUAAAAGCGCUAAUAUAAGAUGUAUUCUACAACAUCUGAAGACUUGAGCCGGGAUCAUUUGGCUCUGCAAGUUACGAGUGGUCUAAAGAAAAUAGUGGAGAACCAUCAAACCGUAACUCAAUUGCAUAAGGAAUUGGUAGAGAUCGACCUGUCCUUUACUGCUUACAUCGAGGAAAGUAAAAAUCGCAUUCAAAACCACCGUUUGAACCUUGCACGUCAGGCUAAAAGUUCCCAAGAAGUAGUCGAGAUACUCUCUGAGAAAUAAUUAAAACCAUGUCAAAUUCUCCAGCUUCUCCUCGCAAACAAAAUAAUAUUACCAAAUACAAACUAAAAACAUACAAAGAAGACAAUAACAAUGCCACCAAUAAGUUUACCGAACGCCAGCAAGCACGCACAUUCAUUGCAUGGUACAAACAUAUGAUUGACCAUGAGAGGCAGAACUUCGGCUUGUAUCUAUCAGAUGAUGCCAUCCUUGAGUGGUUUGGCAGAACUGUCAAAACUAGAAAGAAAGUUCAAUCAUUCCUGCGAUAUGACAUGCAAUGCUCCCGCCAUGAUUUUACAACUGUUGAGAGCAUCGAUAAAGUCCAAUUAAGGCAUGAAAAAAUUACCAAUAAGAGAAAGGAUGAUACAGUUUUAGCUAAUCCCCUGCAUUCACCUGAACUAAUAAGUUCCAAGUCAUCAGCUAAGAAAAGGUUGCUCAGAUCUAACUGUAACAGCCCUGAAUGGGCAGAGGGUUGCCAGCCUGAUGAUAAAAGCAUGGAAAGAAAAAGGCUAAAGAGCAGACAUAUUCAAUCUUUACAUGAUGACCAACAUAACAGCUUAAAACGUGUUCACCCAGAUUCCGAUGUCAGUAGCAAAGGAGAUGGCAUUGCAGAGAGAAGGCCGAAACAAAAGUGUGUUGCGGUCACACCACCUAAUCAUGAGCUUGGACAAGGAGAUUGCUUGCCCUCUACAAGCAGCAACACAGCCUCUCAUGAGGCUCUCAAUGCGCAACUGCCAAAACUUGCAGUAGAGUGUAAUGGGUACAUAGAAUUCACUAGAACUAGAAACAACCGCAGUACAGACUGCAUGAAAUGGGAAAGAAAAUGUAAAGUGCAAAUUAGUUACUCGGAAGACCCGUUGAAUGUUGGGGAGUACAUAAUUUGGUCUUUGCAUUAUAUUGAUGAAACCAAGUGUAGGCGAAAUCUUAUGGCUGCCUUUGAAGCAGCAGCCCAGGAGGAAGAAUCAAAUAAGAUCAAGUGAUUUUUGGUAUUACAUUUGAGUGUUUUAGCAUUUUUAUUUUAUAAAGCUAUAUUAUAAAUGAUGCUAUACUGAAACACACCCAACUUGUCAGUAGAAAAGGGUGCAAAAUGCAAAUUUUAUAUAGGUAGACAUUCUCGGCGCCUACAUUUUUUUAAUUUGCCACCUUUUUCUACUGACAAGGUUGCUGUGCUAAAGUAUAUAUUUGUCACAAAAUGCAUGCUGAUAUGGCCGGUUAAUUUAAGUUUUGCAAUUGCACAUUUUCAUAUACAUUUGCUAACCUUGUGAUAUGAUAGUUAUAUUUUUUAUUUGUUACAACAUUUAUUAUUUUAUGUAUUGUGUUCCUGAUAUAAGAAUAUCUUUACCUGACAGAGCCUUAGGGUGUAUGAACUUGAUGUUAUCAUAGUAUGUUUGUCUUCCAGACUUGCUUCUAAAAAUUAAAAUAUUGUUAGUGGUAGCACUUUACUAUAAUUAUUAUUUUAAGUUGACCUUAAGAGAAUAUGUUAUGAAAUAUGAAUAUUGUGAUGAUAAGGUGUAGAUAUUUCUUGUAUUGAUAUUCUGUUCAGCAGAUAGUUUUUGCAUAUACUAACAAAUAGAAAAAAAUUCAAUUCACAAUGUAAUAACAGUUUAUGUACUUCAUGUAAUUUUUAAUUGUCUUAAACAAUUUUACUUGUAGUAAAAUGCAAGAUCUCUGUAUUUUAGUUAUCUUUUGUAGCCAUAUAACUGACUGAUUAUCAAGUAACUUGUAUUUUUGUAACUCAUGAAGUCCCUUGAAUUGUUUGUCAAGUUAGAUCUCUUUAUAUGACAGUGGUGGUCAAACUGAGCUGGAUCAUUUGUACUCUUAAUAUGUUGUGACUAAAGUCGAUAUUCCUUUGCCAGUAAUAUUAAUAUACUGUUUGUAGUGUUUGUUUUAUCUCCACCGUUAUCUGACCCCUAGCACAUGUUUCAAAAAAUCAUUAAUCUCACUUCAAUUCAUUUGAUAGAAAAAAUUGCUCCUUACCUAGUCAGAAUGUUGUUUCAAGACCUGUCCUAUUUUUUUUUGCAUUUUGGGAUGAGUCUUUCAGGCAGUUAAGACUUACAUGUUCGUCUGUAAGUACAUGACCGGGGGGCUAGCCAAGAUGAUAAUCAUUGAUAUAAAACCCUUAACGGAACGUAAAUUAGGUAUGGAAGUAGUCGUGAUUUUCAUCUUGACUAGGCCCCCAGGUGGAGGAAAUACCCUGUAUCUGCAUUCUAAAACAAACGCUAAUGUGCUAGGGUCCCUUCUGUCACUAUACCACCGAUUUCCUUUUUUAUUCCUAAGGGAUAGUUUGUUUAGUUUUAGUUAUGUAUGCUAGGUUAUAUCUACUCAUUAUGUAUAGAAAGGUGAAAUAAUGUUUAAGUUCUUAAAAAAUAAUGCAAUAAUUAUGUCAGCCUAAUAUGGCAAUGGAAACCGAAGCCAAAUCAAAAUUCUAUAAAAAUAGUCAAUUAAAUAUCCUCAUCAAACCAGUUUGGCUGGCCAAACAUAGAAACAAGCUUUCAGAAAGCUUGCUCAGUCGGUGUUCUGUAAAAGAGAAUGCUAACCUAAUCCCAAUAUCGUACAAAUGGGGAAUGGGGACAGUUACUGUCAAGGUUUUGAUAGAUGGCGCCGGCAUAAAAUUUACUUGUAAGUAUCUAGUUUUGUUCUAUGAGAUUUUGCAUCCCGUUCAUAAAACAAAAAAAAAAUAUACGAAUUGUAGACUUGACAGGUGCUGGCGCCAUCAGUGAAGUCGUCUGCCGGCCAACCCCAUUCGGAUACAUAAUUGGGUUCAAAAGUUUUCUAUGAGAUUUAAGAUGCUACUGGGUAGCGCUAAGUCUACAGAUUAUUUUUUGAUGCGUCAUACACGAAGACGCGUGCCUUGACUUGUAUUGUCAUGUUCAUCUUACUAUGGCUAACUAUGGCUGUUCAUUUUACUAGCGCUCUCUAGCGAAAAAGGAUUGCACUAGAAAUGAGAGUGGCUGGUCGUUGUAUUAUUUUAGGGCUCCUCUACACGAUGGCCCAGCGUAGGCCAGUCCAAGGGACGCAGCUAUGCGGUGAAAUGAGAUAGCAAUAUCACUUGCUCCCUCUAACGUAUAAAUGCGUCCCUAGGACUGGCCUACGCUGGGCCAUCAUGUAGAGGAGCCAUUACAGAUGGCGCCAGCAUAGCUUGCCCUGUCAAUCCCUUGUGUCAAAUUCUUGUUUUUUUUUGUUUGUGCCCUGGAUGCCAGCGCUAUAACCGCGAAAAUCGAAGUUCGUCAAUUGCGGGCAUUUUUCUCUGUCACUCUAAUUACGUCGUACUGAGAGUAAAAGAGAAAGAUCCCCGCAAUUUGCGGAUUUCGAUUUUCGCUGUAGGCCCCCAGUUCUUUAAGCCCGGCAUAAUUAUACAAAAACGAUACACGCCAAGAUCACGAGCGCAACCGUGCCAAUAUACCAUGAUUAGUGUGACGGUUACAUUCACAUUUUUGGCGUCCAGAAGCUAACCUCAAUUUUUUUUUUAGUUUUUGUUUCAGUUUAAAAUGAAUUAUAAGUAUUCAGAACUAUUUUAUUAUUAUUGAUACAGAACUAUUUUAGAAUAAGAUUUGAUAUGGAUAGGAGUAGGUAUAUUCGAUUACCUAUGUGAACUACUUUGGCGUAAUUAAUUAAUCAUAAAAUAAUUACUCGAUUAGUUAUAGAAUUUCAGUAACUGAAAGUGAUUUAAUUGACAUGCAUUGUUAAUGAGUAUUGAGAUUUAGCCUGUAUCUUUUAAGUUGUUAGUUCAUUACUUGAAGUAAUGAGAGAACGGAUUUUUGUUUCAUUAUGCUAAAGUGUAUAAGCUCAAUAAACUUGUUAAAAUAAA